CCCUUUUUUUUUUUUUUUUUCAAAAAAAAUAAUAAUUUCGUAAUAAGACUUGAAAAAUAGAGAAGAAAGAGAAAAGGAGAACAAGUGCCAUACUCAAAUGAAGAAGCAGAAUAUGUGCUUUUGAUUUAUAUUACAAGGAUUGCAUCAAAUUUCUAUGGAGAAGAGAGAGGAUCAUCAUCGGCAAAUGAUGAAGAAUGAGAUUUCCAUGGCAAAUUCCACCACAUUCAUCACAGAGGAGAUGCCCAUCACUAGUUUUUCUGCUUUUUCUUCAUCAUCUUCCACAACUCCAACAACAUCAGCAAGCAUCUUUGACAUGAUGAUGCCAUAUGAUCAUAUCGCUGAUAAAGCCUCCUUAGGCUUCAUGGACUUGCUUGAUGGGAACCAAGAUUUUGGUACUUCUUUAUUACUGGAUUGCUUUCAGCUUCAGCCUCCUCCGAUUCUUCCUCACCAACCUUUACCCUCACCGGCAUCUACUGUUCCUGAAUCAUCUGAGGUCUUGAAUACUCCGGCCACUCCUAACUCCUCCUCGAUCUCUUCUUCCUCCAAUGAAGCAGGAAAUGAUUCACAAGCUAAAGCUGGAGAUGAAGAAGAGCAGGAUCAAGAAAAGAACAAGAAACAGUUGAAACCCAAAAAGAAGAACCAAAAAAGGCAAAGAGAGCCAAGAUUCGCUUUCAUGACAAAGAGCGAAGUUGAUCACCUUGAUGAUGGGUAUAGAUGGAGAAAGUACGGCCAAAAAGCAGUGAAAAACAGCCCUUUUCCAAGGAGCUAUUAUCGUUGCACUAGUGCAGGAUGUGGGGUGAAGAAGAGAGUAGAGCGAUCAUCUGAAGAUCCCACCAUAGUCGUUACAACCUAUGAAGGGCAACACACGCAUCCAAGCCCCAUAACUCCUAGGGGAAGUAUCGGACUUUUGCCAGAUUCAGGUUGUUUCGGUGCUGCAACUUCUUCUUUUGUCCUUCCACAAUCUCACUACCAGCAACAACAAAAUGCCUAUAUGUACAGUUCAUCCCCUUCUCUGAACAUUAGCACUAAUAGUAGUUUUAAUCCCCCAUUUUCUCCGAGUUUUCUUCAAGAGAGACGAUUAAGUCAUUCAUCAGCUUCUUUGUUUAGAGAUCAUGGGCUUCUCCAGGACAUCGUGCCUUCCCAGAUGAGAAAGGAGACUCCAGAGGAGUAAAAGGAUUUGCAUGUUAGUUUACUGGUAUGUAAAAUUCUCUGACCUCUCGGGUUCUGUCUCUGGAGAUAAUUAAUCCCUCUUCAUCGAUUACCCAUUAACUGAACCUUAUCGUUGGGAAAUGAUGAUGAUGACUAGCCUUUUAAUUAGCAACUUAUGCAGGGACUUAGCUAGUUUUCGUUCUUUUGUUUUGUUUUGUUUUUUUUUUUUUGUGUGUUAUUCUUUUGUAUCCAGAUAUUAUCCGAUUAUGGAGAUAAUUGAGUUUUGUAUCAUCCUUUUCCCCCUAUAAUAGCUACUCAAAUUUCUUUA